CCGGGGUCAUGGUCAGAUAUUUGUGAUACAAACAAGAGUUAGGUAAAUCUUCAGUCGAAAUAACCGAUGUACCUUUUUAAUUUAUCAAACACGGUUAUAUAACAUCUGACAAGACGAGAAACCUCGAAACACUACAAGUUGCGUAGCGUGUAAACUGUAACUGUGUAAGCAAGUGGUAACAUCAAAGCUCUGUAGAAGACAGACGGAGACGAAGUCGGUCGACUCGACAAGUCGAUGUACUCCUGUAGUGUAACAAUAGUGUAAAAGUAGUGGGUCACAGGAAUCAUGGAGGCCACAGAUCGAAGAUAUUUUCAACCAAUCAAGAAGCCACAGAAAAUGAUGAAACGAUUGGAUUUGUUUUUCAUUUUCACAUAGACGCGAUGAUUUGUCACAAGAAGGACAACGAGCUAGGCAUGCAACAGGAGCCUGUGGUGCUAGGAACAACUGCAGGUGCAUGUGUACCACCUGUUUCAGCCAAUAGCAGUGCUUGUUACUUCUCUACCACGUCGUCCACCUACCAACCACAUGAAUCACCACAGUGUACGAGAAGCAAAAACACUUGUCACGAGGACGGGGAAAAUAUUUAUUCGUCAUUGCAGUCAUGGUAUGUAAGAAAUUAUCCCUUGCCUCCCAAGAAGAUUUUUUCUUUCAUGGAAAAGAAACGAUCUUUACUGAAUGAAGAUGAUCCAGGUGUUCGGAAUGAGGUUGCAGAACCUCUGACUUUGAAUGCGGAGUGCGAUCUUCAGCCGUCCAACAUUGCCAUCCAAACAAAUUCUUCAGAAGCUCAGACACAUCUAAAUGAUGUCACGGAUUUGGACUCUGAUACUCGAACGUAUACUGUGCUUGAAAGCCGUAGUGACAUACAAGUUGAAAAACAUUGUUCAGACCUCCCAAAUCAACACAGGCAGCAGUUCCUACACACUUGUGAUGUUGUCAUGGAUCAUGACAUGUUUGUGUCAAAUGGCCAUAGUGAUAGCUGUCAUAUAUCGGAACCAGAAGCUAAAAUCAAUUAUGGUGGAUCAGACCAGUCGGUGAUACCGUCUCCAGAACCGUACAAUGAAGUGUUGAUUCACAAUUUAAACAACUGUAGAAGUAAAGCCGAAUCUGGAUAUGUAACCAACAUUCCGUGUGACGCUAACUCCAAUAUGUCGGUUUCUGAUGACAGUCCGUCACAGAGUCAGUACAGCUAUUAUGACUGGAACAUGUUGCCAACAAACAAAAAGAAAAAACCGAGUUCAUUAUCGUCUGGCAGCUACUUAUCAUCUGUGUCCUCAUCCCCGUCCCCACAAGUCCCUGAUGAUGAUGUAAUGACUGGGGUUACCCUCACAAAAGCAGGAAAAGCUUUCUUCCUAGAGGCUUCCAACAGCAGUAUCUUCAAACAGAAAUAUUUUCCAUUAUCCAGGGACAAAAUUGAUUUUGAAAGCUCGCUUCUUUCUAAGAUUUUGCCACAGCAUAAGAACUCUAACUUGGCCAAGAGUGAAGUGCUGUUAUCUGCACUGGACCAGUGUGCAACAACUAACCACGGUUACUCACAAGAUGACAGUCUGAAUGAUUCAACGAGCAUGGCUGCUAGGAAGGUGAUACCUGCAGAUGAGAAAGAUGUUUUGCAUUCAGCAAGAGAUAAUAAACACUCAACAAGAAGUCAUAGGCAUUCAGCAGGUGAUGGUAAACAUUCAGCAGGUGAUGGUAAACAUUCAGCAGGUGAUGGUAGGCAUUCAGCAAGGAAUGCUAGAAACUCGGAAGUUAGUGAUAGACACUUGGAUGGAGAAGACCUAGAUACCUCAUGUAAAUCUGAAGAUAUCUCAGCUGUCCCUGCUAGCAAUGAGGUAAAGAUGAGCCGGCGGACGUCCACAGUCGGUAUUCAGUCCGAUGAAUUAUGCCAGGUGUGUGGUGAUGUGGCAGCAGGAUUCUACUGUGGAGCAUUCAUCUGUGAGGCUUGUAAGAAAUUUUUUGUCCGGACCUGCAAACAAGAUAAAGUCAAAUAUGCCUGCCACAAAAACCAAUGUUGUAAAAUAACAAAAGAAAACCGAAUUCGAUGUCAAUACUGCAGAUACCAGAAGUGUUUGUCAGUGAACAUGCAAAACCCAGCAGACCACCAGACUAAUUUAAAACCAGAUGUUAGCAACAUUCCAUGUCGUGUUUGUGGGGGACCAUCAUCAGGAUUUCACUUUGGGGCACUCACCUGUGAAGGGUGCAAGGGUUUCUUCCGGCGAAUGGUAAAAGAGCGAUCGCCGAGUAUGUAUCAAUGUCUGAAAGACAACGACUGUAACAUCAACAUGUUCACUCGCAACAUUUGUAAAUCUUGCCGUUACAAGAAGUGUACUGAAGUGGGAAUGUCAGUAGAAGGAAGUCGAAUUGGAAGGCAGCCCAACUCUGUAAAGCAUGCAAUAUCUCUAGAAGCAAACAACCUGAAGCCUUCUGAUAAUCUGUUGUCCAAGAGCUGCAACAUGGAGGGGAAUUCUGAGCCUGAUGAUGUUGCCAUGGAUACAAGUACCAUGCCAAGUGAGGAUGUCCCUGUUGAUCAACAGCUGGUGAAGAUUAAACAGGAACCUCUCUGUUUACCUGAUGACAUGAAAACACUUCAGACUGAACUUCAAUUGGCCAUCAAGAACUUUUCUGAACUCACCAGGGAAAAGUUUACAUGUGAUAUCAGUAAGUUGAGUACAAUGGAAGGAGCCUGGGAUCAAAUGAUGGAUCACCUGGAGGUUUCCGCUAAAUGUACCAUCACAUUUGCCAAGAAAGUGCCAGGUUUCAAAUCUCUCGUAAUUGAAGAUCAGAUAUUGCUUAUGCAGCUGGCCACUUACCCCAUCUCGCUGCUCAAUUUCGCUUGCCAGUACGAUGUCAACAAGGGAGAUAAUGCCUCGCUUUGCUUUACCAGGGCAGAAGAGAAGAUGUUGGUAAAGUUUUUCCCAAUGCUCAACAUUCUGCCUGCACACCACAACCACAUUGGCUUUAUGAUGAAGCAUUUGGGUAUCGACCCCACCGAGUUGUCCAUCAUGUGUGCUUUGAUUCUGUUCUGUGAUGAGUGCGAGAUUUUGAAAGAAAAUUGGAAGGUCAAGGAAUGGCAUGAUUAUUAUAUUGAGUGCCUUCAAGAAUAUACGAUGUCGGCUUACACAGAUGGUGAGACCCGAUUUGGAGCGCUACUGCUUCGACUGGGCGAGCUGACAAUGAACUCUAUGCAGCACAACAAAACCAUCAUGACCAUCAUCGCGUCUCAUCCCCAUCUACAGGUCAACAUUCUCUUCAAAGAAAUCUUCGCUGUGUGAAAAAUAAACUAACGCAUUUCUGUUUUGUUAAUGUUAUGGAUUGUAUUAAUGCUAAAUUCUUAUGUGCAUUUGUAUAUGCAUAUGUGUGUGUGUGUGUGUGUGUGUGUGUGUGUGCUUUUGAAUGUAUCAAUAUAGUAGGAUUUAGUGAGCGUGCUGGUUUUUAUGGUUCGACUGGUAUAUCGAAGGAUGUGGUAUGUGCUAUCAUGUUUUUGAUAUGAUGCAUACAAGCCCUGCAAUUAAGAAACCGGACACUCUCACUUUAAGAAGAAAGAAGAUAUAAUGGUUAAAACACAUAAUAAUAAAUUGAUAAAUAAAUAAAUAAUCAAACAAACAACAAACAAAACAAAACAAAACAAAACAAAACAAAACAAAACAAAACAAUAAAUAAACAAAUAAAAUAAAUAAAUACAUGGGGGGGGGGGGUGUAAAUCUAUACUAGCGCGAAUCAAAAUGAUUAAUUAGUCGAUAUGCUCUAGUGGUGUCAUGGAAAAAACAACAACUUGAAGUAGCUCUCAGUACAUUUCAUAUCAAAUAGAAAAGGUACAUAACUCUACUAGGGUCCGUUGUUUUAAUGUACAUCUUACGGAUGAUUGUUAGUGCUAUACAUAUGUGAUAACGGUUGAUUGUACUGUGUGUGUGUGUGUGGUGUGCGUGUGUCUGUUUUGUUAAAGGUACAUUAUCAUGGUUGCAAAGUGCCAUAUGUCAUUUUAGUGAAUUGAUCCUAUACAUAAUCUUUAUCUCAGAAUAUCAGAAUUGUUACAUGCUGUCACUGGGUGUAAAAUUGUUCAUAGUGGUCUAAUUUUUAUUUAUUCACGGACUAGUGCAGUCAACAAAUUUAAGAACAAUGAAAAUAUAAUUUAUGAUACUACUUUUUCAAUACCAAUGUAAUGUGGUUUUUGUUUAGCAAAACCAUGAGAUCUAAACCGAUGAAAAUAAUGGAUUUCACAGUACUCCAAAACUAGCUGUCGUGUUUUCUAGCUGAAUCCAUUGUGUUUUUCAUUGACCCUCUUAGAUACAUUAACCUUCUUUAACUGCAAUGAAUUAUAGGUAGACAUUGUAUGCAAAACAUGUACAUAUAACAAUUUAAAAAGUACAAAAUAUAAUAAUAAAUUUUGUUCCAACAAUAAAGGAAUGUGUAGUUGAAGGUAUAGAGUUUGUAUUUAAUAUAAAAGUUUAUUUAUACUAUUGGCAGGAAACUGCCGUCAUGCAACUUUGAUAGAGCCUCUUUAAUGUGUGUGUAUGUUAUCUAUGAUGUUUGUGCCAUAAAUUUAUUAUUAUUAUUAAUUAUAUUAAUGCACAAAUCUGUUACUGUACUUCUUAUUUAUUAUUAAUAACGAAGUAAAUUAUUGCUCAAU